AUAUGUUUAGGUUUUUGGUUUCUUUCUCAUCAUUCAAACUGGGUCUGUGUCCCACACCACACACACCUAAAUGCAACAUCCGUGCAUUAGCCCUUUUUUCUUACCAAAAAAUUCUCAUCAAUCCCAUGAAUGCAUGACGACUGAUGAUGGGAUGGGACUGGGGACCAGAUGCCAUUGCAGGUUUUUUCUUUCUUCUGAAUUUGUGAAAAGCAGGGGGCCACAGCCACAGCUGCACUAGGGUAUUGAACUUACAUCACAUACACAUUCCGCAUGAAGCCCCCAAUAAAAAAUGACUAGGUAGUGAAGCAUUUGAUUAAGGGGUUAAAAGAAGUGGGUUUAAGGGGACUACAGUGUCGUGGGAAAGGGGUAACAAUAUGAUGAUGAUUUAUCACAAAUACCAAGGAAGUGGACACCUUUCCAGCAGCAUUGUCCGAACGGGUUUAAAGGUAUCCAAUGCUAAGGACUUUCCAAUGCUUUACAACGUGGGCACUCACCCUACAGCGUUCCGGUUGCUAUCUGCUCCUAGUUCUCUUACGAAUAUUUUUAUAGCCUGUCAGGGGAUUCAUUAGUACGCUCGUGCCUCCUGUUACAUCUUCCCUCUCUUCCAGUUGAGCACUCUCUACUGUCUCAUUUUUUAGCUUCAUCCUCCUCCCAUUGUCCGUUUUUCUCCCGCUUUUCCCCACAUAAUGACUCAUAACGGCCUUGCCCUUAAUAUAGCACCCAAAUCUCUACUAUGUUGCCUCUUUUAAGUCUUAUAAAAAACAAAAAGCUCCUUACAGCCCUGCUUUAUUCUGCCGAGAUUUAGAAUGUUAAUGGCUGCCAAGUAAUAUGCUCAACUUAUUCCGUUGGGGACAACCAGUUGGCUGAACUGAACUUUUUGGACACCCAGUUUGUUGAACUGAUUUUAUUGGCAUCUUGUAGCUAGAAAAGAUACACCCACGUCGCCGAGUAGCUUUUUAUUGGCAGGUUAGGAGUUGCAGAAGAGAUAUUCACAACACCGAAGCCAUUUUUCUGUGGUUGGAACACGAGAAAUGCAUUCUACUUUAAUUAUUUGUUCAGCUGAAUUUUUUGUGCAAGCUAUUUGAGGGCUUUGUGAGAUUACGGUGUUAAGUUUUGCAUUAGGAGCUGGAGUUUUGGGUCCAACCGUGGCUACCCCACGGGGUCCGAGGAUGGGGAAAUACAUGAGGAAGGCCAAAGGAGCAGGAGAGGUUGCAGUCAUGGAGGUGUCCUCUCAGAGCUCUCUUGGAGUUAGAACUAGAGCUAGAACUAGGACUCUUCUUGCUCUGCAGAACCAAAAUAAGAAGUCUUCACCAACUCCCAACAAGCCUCCUAAGAUGUGCAUUGCGCCUGCUACUAUUAAUACAUCAUCAUAUCUGGAGCUCCGUAGUAGAAAGCUAGAGAAAACAACUGGUCCAUGUUGUGCUGUUGCAGCACAGGAAACCCGCUUGAAAAAAAUGGGGAAACUAUAUUGCAGUGCUUCAGAAAGGAGUAGAAAUGUAAGGAAAGAGCAUUUACAUUCGCAUUCAACAUUCAUGGUUUCAGAAGAGCAGCAGGAGCAGCCCAAGAGCAAGGCUAGUAAGCUUAGUAGUAUAGCUAAGCAGAGAAGUAUUCAUAGUGGCAGCAGAGGAUCUCCAUCUGCAGUGAGCAACUCUACAUCUUUUUCUCAGGUAUGUUCAAAAAGGAAGUCUGGUAGGGCUCAAAGAAAGGAGCAAGUGAAGAAAUCCAAUGAUGAUACACAAGAUAUUGUGCCUCAGAGUAACAUAAGAGCACAGGCAGGACAGUUGCAAGUUUUUGAGGAUGAGACCCCCACUCCCAUAGAGGGCUCAUUUGGAGAGAAUGCUAUAGAUCAAGAGGGCAGGGACAGGCAUAUCAGAGAAAGUACUCCUUCUAGUCUUAUAGGAGAUGGGGAGACCUUAGAGGCUCCUGGUUCUACAACUAGACCUUCAUGCCGCAGCUCUGGUAGAAGAAGAUUGCAAGGUGAAAGUAGGAGAGAUGUCCCGACCUCCAGAGAAAUGGAGGAGUUCUUUGCAGGAGCCGAGCAACAACAGCAAAGAAUCUUCAUAGAAAGGUACAACUAUGAUCCUGUAAAUGACUUGCCUCUUCCUGGCCGUUAUGAAUGGGUUGCAAUAAACACUGCUGGUUUUAGACCAUGAGAAGACAUCAAUCACCAGUUGCAGCAAAUCCUUCUGGAAGUGGCUUUUAACUCAGCUACAAUAUGAGGGUUCUUCAAGCAUGACAUUUUACAAUGGAGGAUACAAUGAAUGCUCUGCACUCGAAAUAAGAGUGCGAGCUUGUAAAGAUUGUCACAAAUUUGUUCCAUCUUUAUGGUCUUAAUGUACAAUAUGUAUUGUUGGGCACCUUUUCGUUUGUACAGAUCCUUAUGGGAUAUUUUUUCUUCUUAUUAAAUCUCCCACCUGGGCAUCUGUAGAAAAGAGUUGCCUACGUUUUGUUCAUACCACUUUUCUGAAUAAAAACAAUUUCAUGGUGCAAUCAAUGUGCUCCUUUCUCAAAAA